UAGUACAAAUAUAAAAAUGCUUUAUUUCAAGUUCAGAUUCUUUCUUUUUUAUGUUUUAUUAUUUUUACUAUUAAAUGUCAACUAUGUUGUUACUCAGCUUAUAACUGCAAGUAUUAUCAGCAGUGUCGCACUUGGCGGUUGGUUCAGUUGGGAUACGAUUGAGGAUAAUACUGUAUGUCGUUUCUGGGAAUGUUGCAAUGAUAAACACGUACCAUAUAAUUUAAGCAGAUUAAAAGUGUCCCUAUCUCAAAAGAUGUUUGGACAACCACUUGUGAAUGAGUUAGUCAAUAUUUUAGUAGCUCAUAAGGAAUCUAUAAAAGAUGUUAAUCGGCAGAACAAGAAAGCUCUUGUUAUAAGUUUACAUGGCUGGUCAGGUGUUGGGAAAAAUUAUGCUGCUUCUAUGAUAGCAGAUGCAAUCUACGCUAAAGGCAUGCAAAGUAGUUUUGUAAAAAUGUUUAUGGGUAAGAAAGAUUUUGACUGCAAUGAUAUGGAGAAAUCUAAAAAAAAUUUGAUGUCAACCAUUAAUCAAAUAGUUAGAAGAUGUCCCACAUCUUUAAUUAUAUUUGAUGAGAUCCAUGACAUGUGUCCAUCUAUUUUGGAUACCAUAAAGCCAAUGCUAGACCAUCAUCAUGCUGUUGAUGGAAUUGAUUACAGAAAUAGUGUAUUCAUUUUCAUAUCUAAUAUUGGUGGACCUCAAAUAGCAACAAAUCUGUUAGAGCUAUAUGAUAAAGGUAUAAAACGAAAUGAGGUGGAAUUUCACCAUUUUGAACCUAUAAUAAGGCGUACAUCAUAUUAUACAGGUGGUUUUGAGAAGUCAUCUACGAUAGCUCAGCACUUAAUUGAUCACUACAUACCAUUCUUGCCCCUGGAACAGCAUCAUGUUGAAAUGUGUGCAUUAGCAGAGUUCCGUUCUCUUGGAGUGUUACAGCCCACUGAAGAUAUGAUGUCAGAUGCUCUAUCAAUUAUAACAUAUGGACCAAGUGAAGACCAGCCCAUUUUUGCAAACAAUGGUUGUAAACGAUUUGUAAAACACAUUCCUUAUGUGAUACAAAAAUAUAAACCAAAAGAUGAAUUAUAAAAUUAUGUGUUUGU